CAUUAUCGACUGAUAAAAAAACUACCAGAACUCUAUCAUCCAAGAUAUGUUAGAGUCAAUACUCUGACUCUGACGAUGCAAGAAGCAAUAGAUGGCUUUAGGGACGAAGGAUGGACUUUGAUUCGGCAUAACAUCGAUUGGACUUACAGAGAUUUUUUAAAAGUGGUUUUAGAACUACCAGCUGAACAUUUCAUACCAGACUUUCAUAUACCCGAACUGCUUGUGUUUCCGCCUGAUACACAAUUUCAUGAUUAUCAAUGCUAUUUACAAGGGCACAUUGUUUUACAAGACAAGGCCUCAUGCAUGGCUGCACAUAUGUUAGCACCAGAACCUGGUUCAAAUGUCCUAGAUAUGUGCGCUGCUCCAGGAAUGAAAACCACACAUUUAGCAGCGAUAGUUGGAAAUAAGGGAACAAUUUAUGCAAUUGAAAAAGAUACACGAAGGCAUGGUGUUCUGUCUGAUAUUGUUCAAGCAACAAAUUCAACUUGUGUGAAAACUAUAAAUGAAGACGCUCUUAAAAUUACUGAUGAGCAAUGUCCAGACAUUGAAUACAUUUUAGUUGACCCUAGUUGUUCAGGCACAGGUAUGUUAGGUCGCAUAGAAACCGCCGCUCCAACCAUUCAAGAUAAGAGAUUAGAAGUAGCUGGUUUUCAAAUUCUAAUAUUAAGGAGAGCUUUGACUGCUUUUCCCAAAGCUAAAAGAGUUUUAUAUUCAACAUGUUCGACACAUACUCAAGAAAAUGAACAAGUUGUGAAAGAAGUUCUUGAGACAACAAAGCAGUUUCGGUUAGUAUCAGCUAAAGAGCUGCUGAAGAAAGAAUGGCUAAGCUUCGGUUCAGAUAAAUACGAGGGCAUUGGUGAAAAUUGUCUUUACUCCAAAUCAGAGGUUGAUUACACUAAUGGAUUUUUCAUAGCUGUUUUUGAAAGAAUAGCUCCUCAUGAUGAGCGUGAUGUAUAUGUCAAAGGAAAGAAAUGGAAGGAAAUAAAACAAGAACCUGAAGAUGACUAUGAAUAUGGUAACACGGAUAUGGUUAAUUAUGGCAUGAGUAAUAAUAAUAUCAGAAAUAAUAUCAAACCGGAAAAUGACCAAGGGCAAAAUGAUGAAUCAAUAGAUUAUAAUAAAUCCUAUAUUAAAACAGAACUCAAAGAAGAAAAUACUAAUGAUCAAAGUUGA